GUCAGUGUGUAAGAGGUGAACUGUCCUACUCUCAGUGACAACAUUGUGAAGAGGUCGGAAUGGAUUGAAGGUGCCAGAGACAUACAGAGUCUUGAAGAUGGAUACCUCCUCACUACAUAUCAUCACCCUUGCCAUCCUCCUCUCAAUGCAAAGUGGGACCCUGCAGGCCUUCACACUGAUCUCCAGUAGCUCUCUGACCCAUGGUCAGAUCACAGAGGCAGGCAUACUGAACGCCACAGCUAACGUCUGCAAAACACUGGUAGAGCAAGAAGGGGGAAAUUUUGCCUUGCUGCCAGAUCAACUGACAGUGGACUCUCUAGCAGAGGCCUGCCUUUUCACCGACUCAGUGAGGACCUUCCAGAUAGCCAUUAGAGUCAUCAGCAGCAGAAAUGCUGCGGUUGAUAUCGAGCGUCUCUUUAGUGAAGAGUAUCACUUCGAUGAUGAGAGCUUCAUCCUUGGAAAGGGUCUCAUCACAAGGGGGUUGGCAACCAUUAAAGCCAGCAUAAAGCAAGGGAACUUCAUAUCAGCACAACUUACUGUGGGAGAAAUUUUACACACUUUACAGGAUUUCUACAGUCACAGCAACUGGAUAGAGCUGGGAAACCUGUUUGCCUUCUCCAAUCUACUCAGAGCAGACCUCAACAUUGACAACAUUGCAGACAGCAAUACACCAACAUGCAGGAACUGCGUGGGUGAUAACUGUGAAAACAAUAUCUUGGAGAAUAUCAUCACAGAGAAGAAGCUAACUUCAGGAUACUUCAAUCUGUUGUCAUCCUCCAAACCAGACGGCAAGUGCAGCCAUGGAGGAGCUGUUGACCAGACCAGUGACAGUGAUCCACGGGGUGGCAUCAAUAAGGACGCUGUGGACUCAGAGCACGGCUUCUUGCACACACAAGCUGCACAGACGGCCAUCGCCGCUACCGCUGAGCUCCUCCUGGACAUCAGAGAAGCUGCAGGGGAUGCCGACUUCCUACGGUUGCUGGGGAUCAGUCGGUCAUCUUCCUCCUCCUCCUCUGCUCUUUGUUUUGUGGUGGACACUUCUGCCAGCAUGGCCAAUGUGUUGGCUGAGCUAAAGACGGCGACUUCCUCAAUCAUCAACGUUUCCAACCUACCACCUGUCUUCAUCUUAAUCUCCUUCAGUAGCACUGGGUUAGGGCCACUCCUGAGGACAACAGAUGCAGACAUCUUCCUGUCACAACUCAAUCUCCUUUCGGCAAGUGGAGGAGGGAAUAGCCCUGAGCCUGGACCAAGCUUGGAAGCACUUUGGAUGGCCCUCAGUGAAGCGCCUCCAUCCUCUCAGAUCUUUGUUUUCACUGAUGCGCCACCUACAGAUGCUCAGCUAGAGAGUACAGUGCUUGCUCUCAUUGAGACCACUCAGACUGUGGUUAACUUUUUCCUAACAACUGUCGGGAGGAGCAGUCAGCGGUCAAAUGAGCUUUACCAGUCUCUGACUGAAGCCUCAGGUGGACAGGCCAUAGUGAUCACUGAGGAGCAGUUCCCAGGAGCUGUCACCAUCAUCUCUAAUUCCAUCCGCCCUGCCCUGGCAACAAUACUCCAGGCUGUCAGGGACCCAGGAACUACUGAGACUUUCUCAUUUACUGUUGAUGACUCUGUUAAAAACCUGACCAUGUACAUCACAGGAAACUCGCCAGCAUUCACCAUCAUUAGUGCCUCAGGUGCAUCACAAAGCAGCGGAACCUCAAGUGGCUCCUUAGGAACAAUCCAGACAGAAGGGAACUUUAUAUUUGUGCUGCUUAACUCCCCACCUGAGAGGGGACAGUGGAGAAUUAAUAUGAACUCUUUGCAACCAUACACAAUCACGGUUACUGGUGAGAGUGCUAUAGACUUUCUUUACGACGUUGUGGAAGUUUUUCAGAGUCCUCUGCCAGGGUUUACCACUCUGGAGAGCCGACCCCCAGCAAGUGGAAAUGUCUCUUUGUCAAUCACCUUAACAGGGGGUUCCUCCAUUAAACUCACUGAUGUGGCUCUGGUGCAAGUGGCAGGCUCUGAUGAGGUUAAAGGCACCGUUGAGGAGACAGACAGUGGAGGUUAUCUGGUGACCACGACGAGAGUCCCAGCGGGAAGUUUCUAUGUACAGUUAAGGGGAACAAACGAAUCGUCAACAUCCUCUAAUAAUGUCUUCCAGAGACAAUCCUCCAACCAACUCAAAGCCUCCGCAAUUUCUAUCAAGGCUCAAGGGAAUCUAAAUUGGAAGCCUGGAACAAACCUCACCAUCCCGUUCACCAUGACAACAACCAACAGCACCGGCGGAAACGUCACCAUCCAAGCGAGGAACAGCCGCGGCCUCAGCUCGUCUUUCCCCAGCAGUGUGACCCUGGAGGCUGGAGGUCGUACUGAGGGCAAUGUGACCCUAACAGCUCCGUCAGACACCCCCUCAGGCACCGACGUCACACUGACCAUCGACGCCGAGGCUCCUGGAGGCUCAGACUCCAACUAUGUCGUGCUGCGCCUGACAGUCAUUGACGAUGUGGCAGACAUCACAGCACCAGUAUGUCAGGUGGAUAGCGUGAACAGCAACUGCAAUGACAACUGCACUCUGCAGACGUGGAAUUUCACUGCCAGUCUGAACGAUGGCAACGGCACCGGCAUCGAUCGCAUCACCGCCUCAGAAAUUCUCGGGAACCUCACCACUAGCACACAGCCCGGGCCGGAGGGCUUCAACGUCACCCUGGCCUUCUUUAGCGCCCCCUGCUGCACCGAGGAGGUGAGGCUGGUGGUGGUGGACGCCGUGGGGAACGUGGGCUCCUGCACCAUCAGGUCGGGUGGAGUGCAGCUCCGGUUCCCACCUCUGUCCCUCUGGGUCAGCAUGGCCGGCCUUGUGUUAUACAGAACUUUGAGUCGCUAACAUCCAGGGAUAGUAAAAUGGUGUCAUGUUGUGUUAUUUAGUAACUUUAGUAUUUUAAAAUACUUUGUAGCCAAGGUUGUUGAUAAAUAAAUUAAUACAUUAAAAUACUAUAAAGAA